AUGGCUGAGCAGCUUUCUUCUGGUAAGAAAAUCAUUUUGCUAUUCAAAGAGCUAUCAUGGCUGGAUAGGUUGUUAACACCAACUAUCAUUUUGAGUAUCAUUAUAGGAAUUUUAAUCUCCGUCUACGUUCCAGAUGCCAGAGACAAGUUUGAGUCCGAUGCUAAGCUGGCUGGUGUUGGUGUUCCUCUGGCCAUAGGGUUGAUUCUCAUGAUGGUUCCACCUUUGUGUAAUGUUAGCUGGGAAAGCAUUCAUCAUAUAUUGAGGCAGAAAAGUGUAUAUCGCCAGUUAUUUAUCUCACUGAUAAUAAACUGGAUUUUAUGCCCAUUUUUGAUGCUGGCGCUCAGUUGGAUGGUAUUAUUCAAUGAAACAGAAUAUCGAAUUGGUAUAAUCAUGAUUGGAAUUGCCAGAUGCAUUGCUAUGGUACUUGUCUGGAAUGGCCUCGCUGGAGGAGAUAACACUCUGUGUACCAUCAUCGUGGUAAUGAACAGCAUCAUGCAAAUUGUCUUGUUUGCGCCAUAUCAGAUAUUUUUGUGUUACGUCAUCAGUGGGACUUCCAAUGUGGGAUCAGCUUCGUAUUCGGAAGUAGCAGAAAGUGUUGGGGCGUUUUUAGGUAUUCCAUUGGGACUAGGAUUACUGAUUCGUUUUGGAUGUCUUGCAGUGUUUGGGAGGGAAAAAUACGAGAAGAAAAUUAUUCCUUUCAUUGAGCCCUGGUCUGUAGUUGGUUUGGUGUACAUUAUUAUUGUGAUUUUCAUUGCUAAGGGCCAUGACUUUAUUCAAGAGAUUGGUCGGGCCUUCAAAUGUUUCAUCCCGCUAGUGCUUUAUUUUUUGAUCACUUGGUUUGGUGCAUUUUGGCUAUUAAGGUUUCUUACCAACUAUUUUAACAAAAGGGACUUACGACGUCAAUAUAAAACUGAAGUAGGCUCGAGUUUGGACUGCCAAGAUUCGUCAGAGCUAGAGCGAUCCAAGAAGCUUGGUUAUGCAAGCUAUCGGGUAACGAUCGCUCAGGCGUUUACAGCAGCUUCCAACAAUUUUGAACUAAGUCUGGCAGUAGCCAUUUCUGUUUACGGCUCAGGAUCUAAGCAAUCUAUUGCAACAACAUUUGGACCUUUACUCGAGGUGCCAGUUUUAUUGAUCCUGACAAUCGUUGCCAGAUACUUCAGGCAAUCUUUCAUGUGGAUAGACACUGAGGAUGAAAAUGGGAGUGAAGCUGAAAUUGAACCGGAAACAAAGGAAACAACUGAUAUUGAGAUAACAGAAAUAGGACAGAAAUAA